GAUCGUAGUGAGUGCUAUUAAAUGAUUGAUUUUAAUUUUCAGACGAGCUGUUCAAAAUAGAAAUAAAAUAAUUGCAGAGUCGAAAACCUGUGUCUUCUCUUCGUCGGAUUUUCGAAAUCCUGCUAGAAAUACCGCGUACUCUUCUCGAUCUUGAAUCUUGAUCGGCUGGCCUGCACCGUAUAAAUAUACGUCCCUUUCUCUCUCACAUUCAACAAAGUAAGCUUUAACGCGCAGAGAGGAACAGAACUCUCAGAGAUGGGCAUCUCAGUCCCAAGCUUUUUCAAAGAGCGAAAAUUCCCUUUCAUCUUCACACUCUCACUCUUGCUCGUCUGCGUCUCAGUCCUCCUCUUCACCAACACCAACACCCCUGACCCUCUCUUCUUCUAUUCCGAUGUUCACACGUCGUCGUCUGCACAACCCAUCGUCAUCGCUUCUCCUCUACCCGCGCACACCUCAAACCCCAUCACAGUGCCGCCCAUCCAAAACGGUCCCGUUUGGGAUGAGACUAGUAUCCCUGUUUCUGUGAAUUUCAAUUGGAGACUCUGUACGGGAUCGGUGGCUGUUGAUUACAUACCGUGCUUGGACAAUUUCCAGGCGAUCAAGGCCUUGAAAUCGAGAAGGCAUAUGGAGCAUCGCGAGCGGUAUUGCCCGCAGCCGAGCCCCAGGUGUCUGGAGCCGCUUCCGAAAGGUUACAAGGUGCCGGUUCCGUGGCCUGAGAGCAGGGACAUGAUAUGGUAUGACAAUGUUCCUCACCCAAAGCUUGUUGAGUACAAGAAGGACCAAAAUUGGGUAAAGAAGUCUGAUGAUUACCUUAUUUUUCCUGGCGGUGGGACUCAGUUUAAGGAAGGAGUUAAUCACUACACUGACUUCAUCGAAAAGACUUUACCAGUUAUUGAAUGGGGGAGGCAUGUAAGGGUUGUUUUAGAUGUUGGUUGUGGUGUUGCUAGCUUUGGUGGCUACUUGCUGGACAGAAAUGUUAUUACCAUGUCAUUUGCCCCAAAAGAUGAACAUGAAGCUCAGAUACAGUUUGCUCUUGAAAGGGGAAUUCCUGCUACUCUCUCGGUUAUUGGAACACAAAGGCUGACGUUUCCCGACAAUGCAUAUGAUUUGAUUCAUUGUGCAAGGUGCAGGGUUCACUGGGAUGCAGAUGGUGGGAAACCACUAUUGGAGCUCAACAGGAUUCUUAGGCCUGGAGGUUUUUUCAUAUGGUCUGCUACACCGGUUUAUCGUGAUGAUGAUAGAGAUAAGCGUGUAUGGAAGUCUAUGGUGGCUCUGACAAGAUCAAUGUGCUGGGAUGUUGUCGCUAAGACUGUUGAUUCAACUGGAAUUGGGCUUGUAAUAUAUCGGAAGCCCAUCUCAUUUGUACGAUAUUUUAAACGCAAAGAAAAUAAACCACCUAUUUGUGGUCCUAAAGACAGGAAAAACAGUUCAUGGUAUGUGCCACUCAGUUCUUGUGUUACCCUACCACCUCGAUCUAGCUGGCCCUUACCCUGGCCCAACAGGCUUACCAGUAAACCUCCGAGCCUAGCUACUAAUCCAGAAGCCGAGGAAAUGUUCUACAAGGACACCAUACAUUGGUCUGCACUUGUGUCAGAUGCCUAUGCGAACAAUGCUGCUAUAAACUGGUCAAGUGUGCGGAAUGUAAUGGAUAUGAAUGCUGGUUAUGGAGGAUUUGCUGCGGCACUUACCGAUCAACUUCUCUGGGUAAUGAAUGUCGUCCCCGUUCAUGUACCAGAUACUCUGUCCGUCAUUUUCGACAGAGGGUUGAUUGGAAUUUACCAUGACUGGUGCGAGUCUUUGAAUACCUACCCUCGAACAUAUGAUCUACUGCAUUCCAGUUUCCUCUUUGAAAACCUUUCGCAAAGAUGCGACAUGAUAGAUGUAGUGGUGGAAAUGGAUCGCAUAUUAAGGCCUGGUGGGUAUUUAGUGGUUCAGGACACAAUGGAAAUGAUAAACAAGAUGAGGCCAAUUUUGCAUUCGCUUCACUGGUCGACAGCCGUCCACAAAGAUCAGUUUCUUUUUGGUAAGAAAGGUUUCUGGCGUCCAGGAAGAGGUUCAAGUAAAUCAUGAAUGAAGGUUCUGAUCUUUUUUUCGCCUGUACAAUCAAUCUUAUAUCAUAUAUUAAUCAAUUGUAAGAUAGAAGUAGAAAGUUUUGAAUAUUUAGCUUUUGACUUGCAAAAUAAGCAUCCGCGGUCAUAGAUAAGAAAUUAUUUCCAUAGUGGUAAUGACACAGCUUUUGGCAUUUUUACAAUCUAUGCCUUGUAUUCAUUCUCGUUGAGACAAAUACAAAUGAAAAGGAAGGCAUAUUACAGACACAGA